GAAUGCAUUGAAUGCAGUCGAGGAAGCAACGAAACAUCAUCGCGAUGAUAAAAGAAUCUUAUGAAAGACUAAACCCAAAUUUAAUCACACGAGGAAAAUGUCGAACGAGAAAUCAGUGAAGGGUAUUACUGUUUUCAGCAGAGAGGAGUAUGAUAACCACCAGAAAUCCCUCUCGACGAAAAAGGAAUGGCCUGGUAUCAACGUCAGAACUGAUUCACGAACGACGUUGAAUAUACCAAUACUCAUUAUGGAGCUGUACCGAUUAGUACCCUAUAAGGAAGGCCGCUACGUGAAUUUUCACCCAUUCAAUAUGCCUCAUAUUAAAAUAAAAAAAAUCGAACUAGUCGGAACUGUUACGCGUGUUAAGCACAAUGCCAAUAAUCUGUUUCUGACAAUUGAGGAUGGGACAGGAGUGGCACAUGUUAAUUAUAAAUUGGAACAAUAUAUGUACUCAUUGAAAAAACGACAGGAAAUUGAUGAGAAAUACAGGAACCAAGCUGGAAAUUUAAUAAGUGAGGCAAAAGCGGGUAGAAGCUGUCCAAAGAAAUUUCCUGAGACACGUCCAAAAUUCUCCUAUCCACAUGAUGCAUCUUUACAUGAUAUAGCUGCUCUGGAGAAUGAGUGGUGGUCAGAGACAAAUGAUGGUUUGUUGGGUAAAGAAAUUCAACCGUUUGACUACGUAUAUGUCACUGGAUACCCGUGUCUCGACACAAACUUUCAAAAGAUACCAGAACAGAUUACUGCAGAGUUUAUCAAGAAUGCAAGACUGACUGUGUUUGCAAUGUCUGUCAUGUGCAUCUCUGAGGAGAUGUACAAUAAAAAGUUAUUGAUGUGGAUAAACACCACUAUUUGUCAAAGGUACACAGGGAAUAAAGGCUGUGCAUAUAGUACAAAAAAUAAAUAG